AUCCUUUCGCUUUGUUUACGUUCUUCGUUCGUCGUCUGCUGCAGAUUUGCAGGAUUAGAAUUACGAAAGUUUUGUUUUAAAUAAACUUACGGUCUUAGUUAAGUGCAAAAUGAAUACAUUGAACAAAAUUAAACCGCUCACUAGUUCUGUUGGCUUUCUAACCCGCAACUAUGCGUUCAAGUCUGACUUAAAAAUCAAGUGGGUUCGACCGGAGAAAAUUCCUUGCUAUAAACCGCAGAAAAGUGGCGAUUUGCAACCAAUGCGGCCAAUGGCCGGCACUGAAUUGCUGAAGGAUUAUCGUAAGUCGAAGGAGCUAGAAAGCGCUGAUGAUAGGGUAAAGUCAAUGUUCUCGAUCGAGCAUAAUCGCAGGCGGGAAAUGCUCGAAAAUUUCAAGGAGGAGAUGGUGAAGCGAGUACAACGACACGACCUGGACUACGGCUCUAUGGAGGCUAAGUUGGGUCUGAUGACUGCUCAGAUUAGGAGCCUGCAGGAAGUGAUGGAAAAGUUUCCACGUCAAUCAGCUGCUAAGGUUCACCUGAAGGAGCUAAUUGAUAAGAGGAAACGCUUUUUGAGAUACCUGAGACGUUGGGACUAUAGGAGAUUCGAGUACAUUUUGGAGAAAUUGGACAUCGUUUACAAGCCAUACCCCACUCACUUCCAUUGGAUCACCCGCAAGGACUCCCUCCGUAAGCUGACCGACACUCACUGUGAAGACAUCAGGAGUACGCGUCUGCAGAGCUACCGCCAAGUGCUGGAAUCCCAACAGUUGGACUUUCUCGCCAAGAAGCUGGAGAACUUGGAAUUCAUCCGAAACGAGCAGAUUGAGUGUCAAGUUCCCGUCACAGUCGACAAGGAGCAGAUUAAGGCGGUCAAAAAGCAGUACGACGAGCUGAAAGAAAAGCGAAAACUACUGGAGGAGAAGACAAACGAAGAAGAUUGAAGAUGUUAUUAAAACUGGUUUAUUUCUUGUAUAAAAUAAAAUAAUAAAAUUAGUAUCUAAUGGA